AUGUCGGGCGUGGAAACCUGCCUUCCACCCGUGGUCACUGCACUCAUCUAUGCAGACGAUGUUGUUGUGUAUAGUUCAGACCAGUCAAUAGUUGAAACCUCUCAGAAUCUAAACCAGGCUCUGGACAGGGUCUUUAGACACCUUGCCUCCCUCGACUUGAGGAUCUCUCCUAGCAAGUCCGUCGCCACGUUUUACUCUCUCAACUCCUUACGCAACACCAAGUGGCUGGUUAGAAAACAUAACAUACAGCUGCUAAUAAACCAGAGUCCAGUUAAGUUAGAGUGGUCAGUUAAGUUUUUAGGCGUGCACAUUGAUUACGCUUUAAAGUGGAAAAAACACGUCAUGGAGACCCGUCGCAAGGUCCUUCUCCGGAUUAACAUCCUGAAGGCUAUUACGGGAAUAAAGUGGGGGUCCCAUCCUUCGGUUCUAAUAACGGCUUACAAGGGGUUAGUCUGGUCGGUCCUGGAGUGGGGGUGUCAGGUUAUGUACCCUCUGGGCGGUCGCGAAAUGCUAGUGUUAAGUAGACUUCAAUAUCCAUGCAUAAGGAUUGCGUGUGGUUUAAUGCGUUCCAUCCCCACUAAUGUCUUCCUUGACAUUGCUUGUGAGCAACCCCUUCAGUUCAGACAUAAGUUUCUAGUUAGUAAAUAUGUUUCUAGAGUCAGUGCCAGGAGGAACCAUCCUGUUGGCCGCGUGUUGGAGGAAGUGUCUAGGGAUUGGACACCUAUUUGUGAGGACAACCAGUUCGGUCUCUUCGAGGUUCGUAAGGAACUUGCACACCUAGUAGAUGGUGUCAAGAAGUUUUCCCUGCCUGGUAACUUGUCUGCUCCUUUUGAUAUCCAAUAUCAUACGUGUAGUGUAGAUACGGAGAUGGGGUUCCAGCUCCGUAGCACUGAUGAUCCACAGAAUGUGCUUCGUGAGUUCCUGUCAGAGAAGGGGAUUACCCGUGUGUUUUUUACAGAUGGGUCGAUGUCUCGGAAUUCCAGUGUGGACUCGACGUCCUCUGCGGGCUUCGCAGUGGUGUCGGACAAUCCUGACCUUACCCACCACGAGCGUAUCGGCAGCCGGUCGGGGGUCUACGAGGCCGAAGCCAGGGGAGUCUUGUGCGCCCUGGAGUAUGUGGAUGAAUUUGGGUUCAGUUUAGCAGCAGUUGCGUCGGACUCUCUUAGUGUUAUGCGCAGUCUGGGGUCCCCUGAUCCCAAGGGUUUACACUCUGAUACUCUGUACCUAAUAAAAAAGUUGGAUCUAAAGCUGAGACGGAGUAAUGUACACGUGUUGUUUGUGUGGAUUCCUGGUCAUCGCGGUAUAGGUGGCAAUGACCGUGCAGAUAAGUAUGCCAAGCUCUCUCUGUCGUUACCAGAACCUGUUGAAAAGCAGGAGGUGUCCUCCUUAUAUCCGAUACUCAAGUCUAAAGCGUUGCAGUCGUCUAAGGAACAGUUGUUAGUUGAAGCCCAGCACAAAGGUAGCAGGUACUUCAGGUUUGUUCAGGAACCGUUGGGUAGACCCUGGUUCAUGAGGUUUAAAAAGAACAAGUAUCUCCCUCGCCAGCUAGUCUCGCUAAUAUCUAGAAUUCGCUCUCAUCAUAUGGCGGUUAAUGAACAUCUUCACGACAAGUGUAUUGUUGAUAGCGCUGCCUGCCCGUGUGGUCAUCCGAUACAGGACAUUAACCAUCUGUUUUUUUACUGCCCCGUGAAUAAAAUUGCCACGGACAAACUGCUCUUGGACCUCUUCCAUAGUGGCUUUAGCCCACCGUAUAGUGUAGUGGACAUUGCCUUUUCAAAUAAUAUACAAGCCAUGUUUGCUUUGCUCACGUUCACCAAUUCUACCAACAUCAGUGUUUGA